AUGUGUAAAAUAUUGAUAGAAUUAUUAAAACAUUUCCCGCCUAACUUUAUCCUCGAUGAAUUAUGGAUAUGCAUGAAAAAUGCCAAUUUUCGUAUACGUACAAAUUCCUUGUACAGUGUCGCAUUUAUUCUACGUAAUUCACAUGAUGAAGGUUUGGAUUUGCCGAAAAUACUUCAAAGAAUUACACAAUGUUUGAAAGACAGAAGCGGAGUAGUUCAAACAGCAGCCAUUGAAUGUUGUGCAAUCCUUAUAGGAUUACAUAAUCGAAAUUAUCCCCAGAAUGAUGAUGCAUCGCUUUUGUAUGCGAUUGAAAAUUUCCUUCUCGAAGAAAUGCCUGUUCUAGAAGUGGACUUUUUACUACAAAAAAUAAGAAAAGCUGUUGAAUAUGAAAGUUUUAAGGAGAAUUUCACCGAUGAGAAUGAUUCACUAGAGUUGGAGAUCAGUGAAAGACAAAAAUUUUGCAAAUAUGCUAAUUCAAUGAGAAGUGCACCGAGUUAUAUGAAGAGAAAUGUUACAUUCCCAGCAAUGGUUAGUUGA